AUGGACAAUCGUCCACCGAGUUCCCAGGCUGAGGACGAGACCUGCCAGCCCAGCUCCUCAGGGUACCCCCUGGAGGUGACUGUCUAUGAAGGAAUCCCAGGACCGUCAGCCCCCUGGGCCGGCUGCACCUCCCCGCCUCAGCGCCCCGGCGGUAAGAGGAAGAGGUCAGUGGCGUUCAGAGCGGAGGUGGAGGGCGACCCGGCCGCUGAGGCCCAGGACACCUGGGUCGUGGAGUGGCUGAUUGGGCUCAAGAUGAAGCUGAAGCGACAGCGGGUGUCUUCAGUGCUGCCUGAGCACCACGAGGUCUUCAACAGGAUGCUCGAGGAUCCCGUCGUUAAGAAAUUCCUUGCCUGGGACAAAAGGCUGGAAGUAUCUGACAAGUAUCUCCUGUCGAUGGUGAUAGCUUAUUUUAGCCGGGCCGGGCUCUUCUCCUGGCAAUUCCAGAGAAUCCAUUUCUUCAUAGCUCUCUAUGUGGCCAGCGACAUGGAAGAGGACAACCAGGCCCCCAAACAGGCCAUCUUUUCGUUCCUCUAUGGAAAGAACCGCUCCCAGCGUCCCUUGUUCCACAAACUGCGUUCCCAGUUCAUCCGUUCCAUGGGCUGGAAGACGAGGGUCACUCGGGAAGAGUGCGAGCAGAUCCAGGCUUUUGAUCCAGAGCUCUGGGUGUGGGGAAGAGAUCGCGCCCUCUUGCCCCAGGGGCCCCAGGAGCACGCAGGCCUCAGGUUAUCGGCCUGCGCAAAGAUCACAGAGCCCAGGAGAGAUGAGGAUGUUCAACACGAGGGCACUCCAGACAGUGAUGACAGCUAUCCAUCCAAACGCAUCAUCAGCGAGGUACGACCUCCCCCCAGUGCUGGGCUCGAUGGUUCCAUAGAACGGCUACCUCGAAGGCUAGCGGCCUACAGCGGGAUCCUCAAGGAAACCUUUAACGCCCGAGAACAAAAGUGCUUCGGCAGGACAAUGACCCCCGGAGCUCACAAGUCCCAGGGGAGCCCCAUCCGGAGCAGCCGGCCCUGCCCUCCAGCCCGGCCCAUCCACCUCGGGGAGGCGCUCAAACCUUCCCGGUCGCUCUCCCGCGGGGCCCGGGGCGGGCUACCCGAAGCCCCGCUCUCCAAGGGCCGCAGGGUCCACAACCGCCUGCAGGCCCGCAGACGCAACACCUACCCCGUCGAGACUAGCUGA